CAAGUUAUGAGGUACAAAUUCACCCCGGAAUAAAAAACUUAUGGAAAUUCUUCGAGACUUUGAAACCGUGUAUCCUGGACGAAGCACUUGCUAUACUACUCCUGCUUUUUCUUUUCCAACAGCCGUCUUUCCGUUAUUUUUGUCUUCAUUUGGUUGGCCUGUUUUCAGAAGAUUUCAAGAAAGAGAGCCAAAACCAUGUUCUCUCUGUGGUGGUUACCGUGUCGUCCCUUGUGAUGUUUGCUCAGGCGUUGGCAAAGUAAAGAAAGGAGUAUUUAAUCGGAACAAUAGCGUUAAAAAAGACUCUCUAGUUGGUUCUCAAUGGACAGCAGUCGUUCCAGUCCAAGGCAGGCGCCACUUUGUUUGUACAACGAAGAAAGGAAAGGGCAAGGAUAUGGUUGCUGUUUUACAGAAUACUUGUGGUAGAAAAGAGGCUAGGAGUUCCGUUGAAGUACCUAUUCAGGUUCUCAAAAACCGAAAGUUAUGGAACAGUGGGUGGAUAUGUAUAGAAGAUUUGCAGCACUCGAGCAAAACUUGUUUCAAAUGCAAACAAAAAGGUGUCAUAAGGUGCCCUCGUUGUGAAGGAAUAGGUCAAGUUGUACUGUAACUGUCAAAGCAAAGUCAUAUUCUCUU